AUGGAGAUUUGUGAUGAACUUUUAUUGAUAACUAGGAAAGAUGUUUCGACUAUUCAAGGAUGUCUUGGUUGUCAAGAUAACUAGUUAUACUAAGAUUUGAAUACUCUCUAGUGUAGUUUGUAGUGCAAAACAAAUUAGUACCCGCUUACUUAUAGAGAUCCCUAAAAUAAUGCUUUUCUUCUUAAGUAUUGUCGAGGUAAUAACUUUAAUUUUAAUUAGUCAGAUAGGGAAAUUUAUGUCGAUGGGUCAUUAAACAACACAGCAAUUCAGCUUGGAACAAUAACUCAUCCCUAUUCAUUCAUAGAUGAUAUUUUCAGAGAAAUCUUUAACAAAUUAACAGAAUUCUCAUCAAACUUUACAAUUUAUAUCAAAGAGGGUAGUAUAAUUACAAUGUUUUCUAAAUCUAUGCCCAUUUUAAUAUUGAAUAAAAACAUCACAAUCAAAUGCAAUUUGUGUUUCAAUCCAAGUAUGUACUUGAAUGGGACUGUUAUAGAUUAUGAUAUCAGAAGUAGAUAUCUUGAUGGGUAACUCGAUUCAGUUGAGGCUACUGCUACAAAAUAUAAAUUUCAUGUUUAUAGAUCUAAUCUUGAAUUCUAAGAUAUUGUAUUCAUUCAGAAAUAACAAUAGAAUAAUCUUUUUGAUGAUUCAUUAGUGAAUGGCUAUACCAAUCCGUAUAGGUGGGUGACUUUUACAAGGUGCUAAUUUGAACUUGUAACUUCUAUAUUUUUUACCAACUAUGGUGCGAAUCUGAAAAUUUAAACAUCCAUUAUUGACAUUUCUCAGCAUUAUGUAUCGACGUUUUCAAAUUUUAUGGGCUGUGAAGCUUAUCAAAAUCAAGGGUAUUCAGGAAACUUGAUUCUUGAUCAAAAUAAAUUUAUUGGAUAAAAUUCUAUAACAACUCUUAGUAUAAUUGAAGCAUCAAGCUAUCUGAAUUUCACAAUGAUAGGAAACACAUUUGAAAAUACUGCAUGGCGAAGUUAGACUAAAUCAUUCAAUUACGAAGCUUAUGAAGUAAAAUGUCAAGGAUAAAUUAUAAAUUAUCAUAUCGACAUCUCAAAUAACACAUUUGUAAAUAAAGAGAGUAUAAUUGAAUCCAACAUUUACUUUAAGAUAUAAAAAACAUAUGAACCCAAUGUUUAUUUCAAAUUCUACUAUAAUAACAAUCGAUAUUUUAACGUCUCCCAAUUUGAAAAUUCUUAAUAGCUCAAUAAGCAAUGCAAUAAGACUAUCAUCCUUGGAUAAAAUGAAGAUUUUAAAUGUAGAGUUUAGUGA